AUGUAUCACCAAAAUCUCAGCGGGCGCCGUUUCACAAACCUUACUUUCGAACUGCUUUAUGAAACCCCUCGACAAUUCACCUCACCGUUCAGUGCCUCCGGAGGCCUAAGAUCUCCCAAAGAAGGACGUCCGACAUUUGUCGGCCGAUCGGUGAGUCGGGGUAGCAGCCGAAGUAGCAGCAGUGGAUCGAGUAUCAAUCUAAAACGAAGACAUGCAUUACAAACUCAUGCACCGAUGCCGGUGAAUGCUACUUCGAAAAUUGCAGCUGCAGCAUUUGCUGAAGAAAAGGAAAGGAUUGAAAGAGAAGCUAGGGAGGCUAGGGAAGCUGCUGAGAAGGAAGAGGUAGAAAGGGAACGGGGGAGGAGAAAGGAGAGGGUUAGUAACGCUACGACUAUUCAUGGCGGGGAGGUUGUUCAUGACAUUGGAAUGGACGAGUUGAAGAAAGAGAUUGGUGGACCGUUACCUGGGACCUUCAAUAUCGAUCUUGAUGAGGAGGAAGAGGAGGGCGAACAGGCGGCGAGAGAUAGGAAGAGUUCGGCGACUUUAAGUAUUGUUCUGAAUGAAUUGGAAAAGGAGAUGAAGGGGGAGAGGAGUCGAGCGCCCGCACCCACAGAUAUGGGGCAUGUGGGGGAAUAUACAGAGAAUGUAGAGAAUAGAAUUCCAAACGUUCCGUAUAAAUCAGUUACCCACCCGGACGUGGCACAGCCCAGAACCGACGACUUAUUGCCUGCUGGUGCAGACAGGGCGCUCGUCAAACCGUCGUGGAGAAAACAGCCCCUCGAGAAGAUCUCCGAAAAGACACAUAGGAUGAAGCAGAAAAUCGACGUUAGGACGACAUCGAUACGAGAAAAGAUACCGUUCUUUAAAAACGGAAGCACGAUGGACAGGAUCAAGGAGACAUUUAAGUUUUCAAGAUUCACGAAUAGGAAUUAA